UUCUAUCUCUGCUCCUGCGCACUGGCUAGAACCUUCUAGAAGUGUGGCUGUUCGUGCUCUUGCCUGCCUCUCUACACAAACAUUCUUACACUAUCGAACCAGUUGCCAGGAAGGGUCAAGCGGUGUACGUAGACGCUUUCAGACGGGCAGGAGGCACUAGCUCCUCCAGGGAGCCUUUUAGAAUCGGAUGUUCUGUGAAUGGGGACAUUAAAUGGAUCGACGCAGAGAAUAAAAAGCGCCUCGGUCCGAGCACCAGGCUCAGGCGUGACGUCAGCAUCCUGCGCCGCCCGGAAUGAAAGCCCGCCAGCGGCGCCGGCCGGAAGGGGUGGAGGCGUUGGCCUGGUUCCUUGGCUACGCGGUUCUGCAGGAGGCUGUUUCCUGCGCUGAUUUUCUCUCCCUUCCUGACUCGUGAGCUGGCAGUUAUGCCUUGGCUGCUCUCAACUCUCAAGCUGAUUCCCGCCGUCCCAAGCGCACGCGGUUUCUCAGGGAUUGAACUCGGGACCUUGCACUUGCAAGACAGGCGCUGGAAACACUGAGCUAAAUCCCCAGCUGAGAUGCAUAUCAUGUUUACAGCGAAGAUACUCCCUCCAGCCCAUGCUGGAGAGGAGAGUUCCACACCGGUACUUGGGCCAGCCCAGCCCUUUCACACACCCUCAUCUCCUCAGACCAGGGGAGGUGACACCAGGACUAUCUCAGGUGGAAUAUGCACUUCGCAGACACAAACUAAUGUCUCUGAUCCACAAGGAAGUCCACGGACAGAGCGGGACAGACCAGACAGUGGUUUUGCUCUCCAGCCCUAUUUACUACAUGAGCAAUGACAUCCCCUACCCUUUCCACCAGGACAACAAUUUCCUGUACCUGUGUGGAUUCCAAGAGCCUGAUAGCAUUCUGGUCCUUCAGAGCCUUCCCGGCAAGCAGAUGCCAUCACACAAGGCCAUACUUUUUGUGCCUCAGAGAGAUGCCAGUCAAGAGCUUUGGGACGGUCCACGAUCGGGCACAGAUGGAGCAAUGGCUCUGACUGGAGUAGAUGAAGCCUAUCCACUGGAAGAAUUCCAGCAUCUCCUACCCAGAAUGAAAGCUGAGACAAGCACAGUGUGGUACGACUGGAUGAAGCCUCCACAUGCACAGCUUCACUCUGACUACAUGCAUCACCUGACUGAGGCUAAGGCCAGGAGUAAGAACGAGGUUCGGGGGCUUCAGCAGCUGAUCCAGCGCCUGCGGCUGAUCAAAUCUCCAGCAGAAAUCGAGAGAAUGCAGAUUGCUGGCAAGCUGACAUCGCAGGCUUUCAUAGAGACCAUGUUUGCCAGCAAAGCCCCCGUGGAGGAAGCCUUCCUCUACGCUAAGUUUGAAUUUGAAUGCCGAGCACGAGGGGCAGAAAUCUUGGCCUAUCCACCUGUGGUUGCUGGAGGGAACCGGUCGAACACUCUGCACUAUGUGAAGAAUAAUCAGCUCAUCAAGGAUGGGGAAAUGGUGCUCCUGGACGGAGGCUGUGAGUCUUCCUGCUACGUGAGCGACAUUAGUCGGACCUGGCCUGUCAAUGGCAGGUUCACCGCACCUCAGGCAGAACUCUACGAAGCUGUCCUGGAGGUCCAGAGAGCUUGUCUGGCCCUCUGCUCCCCAGGGACGAGCCUGGAGAACAUCUACAGCUUGAUGCUGACGCUGAUCGAACAGAAGCUCCGAGAGCUGGGGAUCAUAUGGAGCAGCAAAGAAAGCUGUGCCUUCAAGGCUGCUAGGAAAUACUGCCCUCACCACGUGGGCCAUUAUCUUGGGAUGGAUGUCCAUGACACCCCAGACAUGUCUCGUUCCCUCCCACUGCAGCCUGGGAUGGUGAUCACCAUUGAGCCAGGCAUUUAUGUCCCAGAGGAUGACAGAGACGCUCCGGAGAAGUUUCGGGGUCUUGGUGUGCGAAUUGAGGAUGACGUGGUGGUGACACAGCACUCGCCUCUUGUCCUCUCUGCAGAAUGUCCCAAAGAUCUGAAAGACAUUGAGCAGAUCUGCAGCAGGGCACCCUGACCCCACCUUGCCCCACACGCUUCUUGGGAUCAGGAUGGGGUCCUGGUGAGGCACGUCCUGAGCCUCCGCAUGUCUCUGCCUCUUCGCUUGCAAGGCUGGGGAUGUGUGGAUGUGCAAAAUCAUGUGUAUGGGCUUUUUAAAGUAGAUGGAAAUCUGGAAAAGUGGAUUUUGGAAUGGUUUGUUACUACAGCUUUAGUAACAUUAAUCCUGUAGUUUAAUUUUUAAACAUAAAGUAAGGUCUUGCUAUAUAUGUCCAUGCAUUCCAGUGAACACACUUAAACAUACAGAAAACUCUCUUCCCUCUUUGGGCCCUUCCCCUCCUGCAUUUUCACUGAGAUCCACCUGAUAUCAUUUAGAUAUUUGUGUGGUGCCUGCAUUCUGAGCUAGUCACCACGGUCUGCCUGUGCUGAGGGCCACUUGUCAGUGACUUGUGGGGGCCAUGCCUACCUUUCCUGCCUUCUUCCAGGAGCCUAAGAAGCCCUUGAGGUCUCCCUUCAGCCACAGACCCGAUUCCAGCAACGACAAGUCUUGAACAAAACAGUUUUGAGCCUUUCUUGCCACUUGGUUGCUGGGGCUUGAAGAGUAUUUAGCUUCUUCAUAAGUAAGAAAGUAGAAGAGAAAGCAAAGUGUGUAUGUGUCCACCUCAGAUCCAGACCUCCAGCUGUCGGUUCUCUUCAGUUUAAAUAUGAUUCCUUUCCCAGACAAACAUGCUUGCCUCAUAGAUUCGGGUUUUUUUCUUUGGAAAUGGAGAUAUCACCAUGUUGCCCAGGCUGGUCUCAAACUCAGGGGCUCAAGUGAUCAUCCCACUUCAGCCUCCUAGGUAGCUGGGACAACAGGUGGGCAACAUGGCACCUAGCUCCUUCAUAGGUUUUUUUUUGGUACCGGGGAUUGAACUCAGGACCUUGCACCAUAGGUUCUUAAUUCAUCAACCCUCGGAGCUCACCGUGGAAGCUAUAGCACCACCAAAGGCAGCAACCCUAUUAAAAGCCAGAGUAGGGCUGGGAAUUUAGCUCAGUGGUUUUGCCACCUGCUGCACAAGCGCAAGGACCCGAGUUCAAUCCCCGGUACCAAAAAAAAAAAAAAAAAACCCAGAGUAGCCUGGGUGUAGUGGCACACACCUGUAAUCCCAGCAAUCAGGAUUGUUGCAAGUUCAAGGCCAGCCUGGCAGCAGAUGUGGUGAGGUGGAUGGAACACAUUUCUCUUUUCCUGUGAGCAGUUCUGAGCCAUUUCUGAAGCAUCCCAUUAGCUGGGAGCAGCCAAACAGUGGCCCGGUAACCAUGGUCUGAAGUACAUAGUGAGACUGUCUCAAAUCCCCCUGAAAGAAUAUGUAUUUUGGGCUGGGGAUUUAGCUCAGUGGUUCCGCUGCCUGCCUCGCAAGCACAAGGUCCCACGUUUGAUCCCUGGUACCAAAAAAAAAAAAAAAAAAAGAGUCAAAAAAUAUAUAUUUUAUGUACAUCUUUCAGAACAUAUGUAAGCCUCUUUCCCUGGCUCUCCCCCUACCCCCUUAAGUGGUGGGCAUCAAACCCAGGGCCUUGUGUAUGCCAGACAAAUGCUCUGCCACUGAGCUGCACCCAGCCCCUCAUUCAUUUUUAUAAGGUCCUGAAGGGAAAAGCCUUGCCAUAGUCAUUGUCUUGAAAUUAAGAUCCAUAAAACAAAUCUCCAGAUAGAGACAAUGUAUCUCCUUAAAACAGAGCAAAUCAGUAUUCUAUUUUUCAGACAUCUGUUAUGCACGCCUUCUUUGCCUUUGCUACAAACACUGCAGUGUGAUGCACGGUGCUGCUCCCUAUCCUACGCCCACAUCGGUCACAAGUGACACUUAGCCAGGCUGCCCUGGGCCAUGCGUGAACCCCAGGCACCUUGUACCGGUGUUUCCAGUGACAGCUGCUAAUAAGACACUUGCAUGUGUGCUGCAACCCACCUACCCCACUCAGCUAGGGUGAGAUAGAUGCCAGUAUAACCUGAGUGUGAGACGGAAACCAAGGGUCCAGAAAGGACCCUGCAUGGAAGAAGUGUUACAGCAUAGUUAAUGUUCAUUUUGGUUUCCUGAGGUAGGAUCCAUAGCCCAAAACAGGAUAGGGACAUUUUCGGCCAGGAUGAAUAUUCUAGUACCAGGGAUCAAACUUAGGACUUUGUGCUUGCCAGGCAUGUGUGGCACCACUGAGCUACAUCCCCGGCCCAUGGAUGAAUAUUCUUUAAGCAAAAGAUUCCUGGUGCUCCUGGAGUAAUGAGAAGGCAGCGAUGUUGUCAUACCCUGCAGUGCUGCAGAAUCUGUGGGCACAGCCCUCAGGCUCUCACUGCCUGUCUCCUCAUCGCUGAGAAGCAUCAGGACUCCUAAGGUCAGGGGUCCCCUUGGACUCACGCCUCUUGGGUGUGUUCCACGAGGAUCUGGGGAAGUUGCUCUUCAUUAGCAUCACUUAAUGCUUUCUAUGACUUAUGUGCAAUUAUCUAAGUUCAAUUUGGACAAAAUGCUGUUACUUUCUAAGGCCCUGUUCACGGAAAAUAAAUGUCACUCCCCAACAGGGGGAAAGCAUUUGUUACUGUCAUUUUUUUAAAAUAUACUAUAAAACAAUAUAGAAAUGG